GCCACGAGCACCACUGACACCUCUUCUACAGCGACCAGCAUUUCCGAUAGCUCUACUACCAGCGUCAUUAGCAGCAGUGCAACUAUGACCACGGAGAGUUCGACUACUCCAACAAGCAGCGCCACUGAGACCAGCACUACUACCUUGACUACGACCACCACCCUCACUUCGGCCACCGCCACCCUCACUACGACCACUACAAGCACCAGUGCAACUAGGACGAGGACCACUUCAAGCACCGGCACCUCGACGACGAGUAUUUCAGAGACAGCGAGCAGCAGCACAACGCGGACAGCCACGUCAGGGUCAUUCAGCACUACGAUUAGCAGCACCAGUACGCUAAGCAGCACUACGACGCCGCACACCACGACGGCAUCGUCAAUGAGUAGCACGAGUGGUACAAGUAGCACGUCAGCAUCAUUGACCACCGUCACUCUCACUACGACCAGCACCAGCGCCAGUGCAACGAGCACCUCUGACACCUCCUCUACAGCGACCAGCAUUUCCGACAGCUCUACUACCAGCGUCGCUACCACUACCACUGAAAGCUCCAGUGUGACCAGCACCUCUGAAAGCUCCAUUACAGCGACUAGCAGCAGCACAACGGCGACCAGUUCCAGUGCCACGAGCACCACUGACACCUCCUCUACAGCGACCAGCAUUUCCGACAGCUCUACUACCAGCGUCGCUACCACUACCACUGAAAGCUCCAGUGUGACCAGCACCUCUGACAGCUCCAUUACAGCGACUAGCAGCAGCACAACGGCGACCAGUUCCAGUGCCACGAGCACCACUGACACCUCUUCUACAGCGACCAGCAUUUCCGAUAGCUCUACUACCAGCGUCAUUAGCAGCAGUGCAACUAUGACCACGGAGAGUUCGACUACUCCAACAAGCAGCGCCACUGAGACCAGCACUACUACCUUGACUACGACCACCACCCUCACUUCGGCCACCGCCACCCUCACUACGACCACUACAAGCACCAGUGCAACUAGGACGAGGACCACUUCAAGCACUGGCACCUCGACGACGAGUAUUUCAGAGACAGCGAGCAGCAGCACAACGCGGACAGCCACGUCAGGGUCAUUCAGCACUACGAUUAGCAGCACCAGUACGCUAAGCAGCACUACGACGCCGCACACCACGACGGCAUCGUCAAUGAGUAGCACGAGUGGUACAAGUAGCACGUCAGCAUCAUUGACCACCGUCACUCUCACUACGACCAGCACCAGCGCCAGUGCAACGAGCACCUCUGACACCUCCUCUACAGCGACCAGCAUUUCCGACAGCUCCAGUGUGACCAGCACCUCUGAAAGCUCCACUACAGCGACUAGCAGCAUCACAACGGCGACCAGUUCCAGUGCUACCAGUACCUCCGAAACUUCGACUUCAGUGACCACCACCAGUGCAACUAGCACUACCGAAACCUCCACUACAACGACCGCCACUACAACUUCUGCCACGACCACCACGACUCCUUUGUUCGUCGUCAGCAGCGAGCUGACGUUCGCGAGCAGUGGGAAUUCGUCGCAGGUUGAGGCCGCAUCGACCGCCCACUUCCUGAGCAUGUUCCGGUGCGACCCGUCGCAGCUCCUCCUGACGGCCUCCAGGGGCGGCCGGCGGCUGCAGGC